UCGAGAAUUACAUUUUUUUUAAAAAAAUGUUUACAUAAUAUAUAUCCAUCCAACACAUAUCUCAAAAUUUCUUGAAACCGAAAACAAAUGUACCUUCUGCAAAACUGAACCUGAAAGUGUAACUAAUUUUUGUUAUGGUUGCUCAUAUAAUAAUACUUUUUGGAAAGAACUUGAAAACUACACGCAUGUGCGAAGCAGCAUACGUAUAGAAUUAACAUUGAAGGGAAUAACUUCACUUAUUUUGAGCUUUUAUUUAUUUUAUUUUUUUACCUCUCUCGUAUCUUAAUAUUGCUUUUAAUAACUUAAUUGUCUUUUAUGGACUGGAACGGCUGAGUUUUGUUAUUUGUAUUUUACGAAAUUUCAACAAGUCUUUGAAAAAAAAAAAAAAGGAAAAAAAAGACACAGCAGGGUCGAACGUCAUUGACGGUCAAUAGUGUCACUCUUUCAUUACUGGAACGUAAACAGUCGUACGACCUUUUUACGCAUGGUUUAGUCACGUCAUAAAAGACCAACGUUAUUCAUCGCAAACUACCUUCAUUUAUGCAGGUAGACCAAGCGUGAUGAAACAUCAGCACUAUAAUGUAAAAAGAAAGCGCGAUAAAUAACUACACUAUAUAAAAGUGUUUUUUUGUUUUUUUCCCCUGUGUAAACUGAAUCGUCGCGUCAACUUGCUACGUGAAACUUGACGAAGCUAUCCGCCAUCAUGGCUCAGAGUGUAAUAGAGCGCAGCGUUGAAACUUGGACCAACAUGGCCGCCGUCGCGGUUCGAUGUAGACGGCACCGGGUGAAACUGGACCAGCGCAUCCGCCAUUAUGGCUCAGGGUUUACCAGCGGUGGUGGUUGCCAAAUGUAAUAAUAAUAAUAUAAUAAUACAUUGUUCAGUUAUAGACGUACAUUAUUCAAUUAUACACGUACUUGUUUGAUGAACGUUUGCACUUUUAAAAUAUCAACUUUGACUAACGUUUGUUUAUUAGAAGCUGCUAAGCGAGCAUCCGCAUCAACACGGAUGCAAAUGUGAUAAAUGUUAGAUUCCGACAUGUUUCAGGCUAUAAAUGUUAGAAUCCGACAUGUUUCAGGCAAUUGACGACACAAGUCAAAGUGCCGUGGGCGAAAAGAGGAGCCGAACAUGUUAGGUGCCGAGUUUAAAGUAAACGCCAGAAGCAAAGCUAGUGGGAUUAACAAUGUGUUAGCCGCACAGGGGUGUCAAACUCUUUUUUUUUUUUGUCACGGGCCAAAUUGUACUCAGGUUCCCCUCCCUCAGAGGGCCAUUAUGAUUUUGAAACCAUACAAAUGUUUAAUCGCCACAUUAUAUCACAUACACACAACAAAUGUUAGUCAUGCUAGUUUUGAAAUCAGAAGUAAAGGAUAACAGUUUGUUCAACUAUUGAAGUUACUGUUCGAAAAAGGGUAAAAAGGGGUUUGGUAACAAAAAAUAUGCUUGUAAUAUCUCAACAUUAACAAUUUGAAAUUUUGGUCCAAGUUUUUGUAAGAAUCACGGAAGUUGACACACGAUUUGCCUUCGAGGGCCACAUGAAAUGAUGGGGUGGGCUGGAUCUGGCCCCCGGGCCUUGGGUUUGACACAUGUGAGUUAGCAGCUAGCACCUUAGCCACCAGAGAGCUGUCACUUCCAAUUUGUUAAAAUUAAUUUCAAACUUUGCUGUGCGCUCACAGGGUCAAAUGGCGUGUUGUAGCGCACCGGCUGUCCGUAAAUCUACAAUUCGGAGCUGUAAUCCCGAUCAAAUUCAAAUGGGGCACUCUUUUAACCUAAAGGUUAGGCGACGUAACAAAGCGCUGCCUUUGAUGACUUUCAUGCCGCUUCUCGGGCUCAUUUUAUCCCGCGGCUUCUGGGUGGACGCCCCACGCCAGGAAGAUUUCCACACACUUCGCCGGUUCAGGCACCUUGGUGAGCAAACAGCUGGUGAGUAUAACAGCAGAUGCAAUAUCUCCCCCGGCAUUCUACAAAUUCUACGACGACUACUCAUUUUGAAGGAGAUUUAAGGCGAACAGCAUGGAGCACCGUCAGCAGCUGCCCACCGACGAGGACAACAAGUGGGACAAGCUGCUGGACAACAUCCUGAAGUCGGCCGACACCAUCCUGUGGGGCACCACGCCUACUCGUCUUCUGCCCGCUGCUACGGUAGCGACCGAGCCCAAAGGGGCCUUGGAAUUGCCCCCCCUGGCGAACGACGGAGAGCACAUUGAGCCGCUGAUGGACGGGCAGCCCUCGGAUAUGGACGACGAGCUGUCGAAUGUUCUGGACGACUUUUGGUUGCCCGACUAUCUGGGCGGUCAACCGGGCUCUAUCCACAUCCAGGACCAGGACGACAACGCCAUGAUGAUGCCGGUGUACGAAGGUGUGAACCAGGCUCCUCCUCCUGUAAGGCUCAAUGACGAGGUAACAUGUGGGGCAGCGGCGGCGGCGGGGGCGUCGUCCUCCUCUGACUCCACUGAACCUCCGAUGGACGCCUCACAGAUGAUGCAGCAGGAAGGGGAUCGGCCGUACAUCAAGAAGCCGCCCAAUGCCUUCAUGCUGUUCCGCAAAGAGCAAAGUCCCACCGUGGUCUCCCAGUUCAACAUCACCAACUCUGCGGUGGUCAAUAAAAUCCUGGGAAAGAUGUGGAAGUCGCUGCCAAAGAAGCUGCAGGCCAAGUACUACCAGCAGGCCGAAGAGCACAAAGUCCUCCACAGCCUGCAGCAUCCAGAAUGGUCCUGCACGGAAAACUACGGCAAAAAGAGGAAGCGCGAUCGCAGCAGGCACAGCGCCUGCGUCUCAAAAUCCCUGGAGGACGUCGCCCCGGGGGUGGAAUGUUGCUGCGCCGCCAUGGGCGACGCCCCUGGCCAGGACGCGCCGUGCCAUCAAUACCACAAGAGCGACGUGGGGGACACGCACACGUACGCGCAAACGCGUGGCUGCUGACGCCACCACGGAUUGGGUAUGCGCUCCUCCCGGCCCUAACACUAGGACAAGGCAAGGCGCAGGUCAGGAGGAGGACACUCGCGUCCGAGACAUUCACGAGUGGCGCUGGAACGCGAGACAACGGUGACGGACACGAUGUCUUCACCGCAAACGUGGUGGCCUCUGCGGGAACAAAGCAAUGAAGGAUUGAAUAAAAAUAUUUUCAUAGGCCACUCAAUUACCUUUUCAUUACCGGAAGCACACCCAACAUUUCAAACCAAUGUUUUACAAGGCAGGAAUUUUUGCUUUUUGUUUUUGGAGAUUGUAUCAAAGAUAAAUUCAAAAUAUACUUUUUUCCUGCAAAAUAUAUCUUCUAUAAAAAUACAUCAAAUUAUUUUUUAAAAGAAAUAUCAAGGUUUUCUUUUAAAAAGUACCAAGUUGUAUACUUUUGAUACAUAUUUGAGAAAAAAAUAUGCUUUUUUUAAAAAAAAAAAAAAAUCAAAGGCAAACAAAGUAGUAUGUAGUUGAGGAAAGCAAUUCAAAUAAUUCUGGAAAAUAUUUUUUUUACUCAAAAAGUAUCAACAAAAUGUUCUAAACUUACUUUUUUCUUAAGACUUAUGAAGUAUGAUUUGGAGGAAAAGUGUUUAACUAAAGAAAUACGUGAAUUUUCUCAAAAAUACACAAAAUUUGGAUUUUUCUGGAUGGUUAUCAACUUUUUGAAAAAAUACAACUCCAGGAUCUACUUCUUAAAAAUGUUUUCCAUAAAAAAAAAAUGUAAAAAAAAAUCUUCUCCCAAAAGUAUAUUUUUCAGAGAAAAUGUGUCAAAAGAUUUUCAGGUCUGGACUGCAACACACAACUUUUUCAUGAAAAUAUAUAAAAACUUUUUCUCAGAAAUAUCAGACUUUUACAACUUUUUUCUCAAACACAGCAUUUUUCUGGACAAUAUUUACCUUUUUCUUUCGAUGAGUCAAAACACUAUUUUCUACACACACGGUUCAUACACGUUUGCGAUUGCAAAAUUCCCUACUAUCCAGCUAUUUUCCUGACUUCACUAAAAAAAAAUUAUAAUUUUGUGAAAUCUGUAAACAGGUUUGUCAUUCUGAUUCUUCCAUUAUGUCGCCAAAUUUUCAGAUCGUGAGGUAAUGGAGCUCACGAGAUGAGAUGCAGAGAUGCUUCUUCCUACACGACUAACUCCUCCCACCGACCCUGUGUUGACGGCAACCAUUUCAGACGAAGUGUGCAUUUAAGCCUGUUUUGAAACACACUUGAUACCCUAACCCCGUUUUGAAAGCCUAAUUUGAAGCCAUAACCCUACUUUGAAACCCCAACAAUGUUCUAAAACCUAACCCCAUUUUGAAACCUGACUUUGAUACCCUAAACCUGUUUUGAAACCGUAAUUUGAAACCUUAACCCCGUUGUGAAACCCUACUUUGAAACCGUGCCCAGUUUUGAAACCCUACUUUGAAACCACAACAAUGUUUGAAAUCCUAACCCCAUUUUGAAACCCGACUUUGAUACCCUAACCCUGUUUUGAAACCCUAAUUUGAAACCUUAACCCCGUUGUGAAACCUUAUUUUGAAACCAUAACCCUGUUUUGAAACCCUUUGAAACCGUACCCUGUUUUGAAACCCCAACAAUGUUGGAAACCCUAACCCCACUUUGAAACCAUACUUUUAUACCAUAACCCCAUUUUGAAACCCUAAUUAGAAGCCAUAACCCUGGUUUUGAAACACUACUUUGAAACCGUACCCUGUUUUGAAACCCUACUUUGAAACCCCAACAUUGUUUGAAACCCUAACCCAAUUUUGAAACCCGACUUUGAUGCCCUAACCCCAUUGUGAAACCCGAUUUUGAAACCGCAACCCUGUUUUGAAACCCUUCUUUGAAGCCCUACCCUGUUUUGAAACCCUACUUUGAAACACCAACAAUGUUUGAAACCUAACCCCGUUUUGAAACCCUAAUUUGAAGCCAUAACCCUGUUUUGAAACUCUACUUUGAAACCGUACCCUGUUUUGAAACCAUACUUUGAAACCCUAACCCCAUUUUGAAACUUGACUUUGAAACCCUGACCCUGUAGGACUUGUGAGGAUACUUUGGCAUUUGGGGACCACGUCACACGGUCAACAACCCCUUUCAGAUGCCACCUUGCAGUAUGCGGCGGCGUGUCUCACUUGUCACUCAAGUUUCCCCAACAAAAUGUCGCCAGCCGUCAGCCCCUUCGGCUUCUGGCUGCUCUGCAUCGUCGCUGGUGAGGAUCAGCGUCUCGUUGACAGACGUCGGUGAUUAGAUAAGCGCGCAGACCGCAUUGCUUCCAGGAGACGGCGAAGGGGGGCGCCAGACGUCGGACUUGCUGGUCCGAGUCGGCUCGCCCGCCAGCGUGCGCUGCAGCCACGACCUGGGCGGCACGUACUUGCUGAUGUUCUGGUCAUGACAGGAAACAUAUAUUUUUUAAAUGUCUUAUAUACCAUGUCAUUAAAAAUGGCUUGUCAUUUGAUGUAUUUUAAUAAGUUGUAUGGUAGGACAUUGUUUAAACCAUGUUAUUGAAAUGUCAUACAUCAUGUCGAAAAAUGUCCAACAAAUUGUCGUUUUAGUAAAAAAAAAAAAAAAAAUGUCAUUUAGUAAAAAUGUCUUUUAAAAACAAAAAACAAAUGUCUUCUGCUCAUGUCAAUAAAAUCGUGUCCACAA